UAGCUUACCUGUGCUCUGCCAGUGAAGCUAGCUCGGUAAACAGCAUGAUGUCGGUUUGUUUGUUAUCUUAGCUGUUUACAGAAGUCUUCGUCUGACGUCGUCACACCAGACUCCAUUAGCAAGAUGCUAAUUUACGCUCCUCGUCAGUGUGUGUGAGACUCUGUGUUUGGCAGCUGUCACUGGAGAGAGGUCUCCCUCUUAUGAAUCCUUCUGUUUCAUCCGGUGCAUGUGAGAUCAACCUAACAACGGUUUGUGUAGGAGAAUAAUCCAGAACUAUAUCUUAAAACCUGAACUUGGAAUGAUUCGUGGUACUGAAGUUAAUCAACAUGACGUUAUCAUGUGUCGUGUGACGAUGACCAGUUCCUGUCGUUCGGAGCAGAGCUCAGUCCAACUGGAAGGACCGAGCUCCUGGAUCUGUCACACAGAGAGGAGGCGUCAGGUGUUUACACGCCUUCACUACAGACCUGUCUCCAUCUACAUGGUGUUCUCUUUAGAUUUUGUUUUGUAAGUGAACAGUCAUUUGUUAGUUUUCUCUAACUGGGUUUGGUGCAGGUAUCUGUCCUGGCUGCAGACUGAGGUUCUACUGAUGCUGGUUUCCAGUUAUUUGAUGUGGUUUUAAUUUGGAGUUUUGAACUGACUUUCAGGGACCAGUGUGAGUCCACUUCAGCAGACACAUGGCGACUCAGCUGACCCCGCAGUCCGUCCUGAGAGAGUUCUGCCCGCUCUACCACCUGCUGGACGCCAUCCCAGCCAAGGUGCAGCGGGGGUUCAGGUCGGUGCUCGUCUACCUGACGGCUGUUGACAGCAGCAGUGACUUCCUGGCGGUGGGCAGCAGCAUUGGCAUGUUGUACCUGUACUGUCGCCGCCUCGCACACAUGAAUAAGUACAGUCUGGAGGGAAAGUGUGAUGCGAUCACAGCUGUAAAGCUGCUCAGCUGUUUUGAUGAUCUGGUUGCUGUAGGAUCAGCUUCCGGUCGGGUGUCAGUCUUCCAGCUGGUGUCUCCACUUCCUGGUCGCAACAAACAGUUGAGGCGGUUCGAUGUGGUUGGGCUUCACAAAGGUUCAGUGACAUCCCUGGCCUGGAGCACUAACGGGAUGAAACUGUUCUCAGGAGAUGAUAAAGGACGAGUCGUCUUCUCAGCUCUGGACCUGGACCAGGGGCUGUGUAAACCUGUGCUGCUGUUGGAGGAAUCCUCCGGUGUAGUUCAGGUGGCGUACAGUCAGCAGGUGCUGCUGGUGUCAACGCAGCACAGAUCUCUGCUCUACUGUACACAGACACAGCAAGUCCAGCAGCUGGGCUCUAAACCCCGCAAGAGCAGUGGCAGGUUCGGCGCCUGCUUCCUGCCUGCUCUAUGUAAACAGAGCGACCUUCAGGUGUUUGCUGCCCGGCCGGGACUCAGACUGUGGAGGUGUGACAUCACAGGACAGGUGGAGGACACGCGACAGCUCAAAGCUCUGUUUAACACACAGAUUCCUCAGUUUCAGUUGUUUCCUCAUCCGGGCCCAGUGGGAGCGUAUCGUCCAGCGGACAGGCAGCUCGGGAUGCUCAGCUGCUUCCUCAGAAAGGACUGGAUCCUGAGCUGGAACGAGUACAGCGUGUACGUGGUGGACUGUGUCAGCGAGGUGAUCAUCGGAUCUUUGGAGAGCAGUGGAGACAUUGUCUCAGUGUCGUGUUGUGACAACGAGAUCUUCAUCCUGAAAGGAGACAGAGACGUCAUCCGAUUGUCCAACAGCCCCGAGGGACUGACCUCCAGCUUGUCUGAGCUCUCCGUCCGUUUGUCCUCACCUUUGACCACACCCACCAUCCUUCCACAAACGGGGUCAGUGGAAACAGCUCAGCCAAUCAGAACCAUGGCCAUCAUCGCAGAGGGUGGGGCUAGACAGGAGGGAGGGGCAGGGGCACAUGGUGAGAAGAAAGAGGAAGAGGAAGUGAUGGAGGCAGAGGAGCAGCUGGAACAGCUGGAGGUAACUGACCACAAUCCACUAGACUGGUUGACUAGUAAUGGUAUUAACUUGUUACUGACUGGCUCCAUGUUGGUGCAGGGGAUGGAGCAGCUUUGUCGACAGUCCUGUUUGCUAACUGGCGGCUUGCGUAGUUGCAGUUCCUCUCAUCCCGUGAGCUCCCGUGAGCUCAGCGGCAGAUGCUACAGUGCCCCCCUGGGUCAGGAGGAGAUGCAACAGGAGCUGGUGGUGAAAGCUGUAAGAGUGAAGAAGAAAAAGAGAAGGCAAGACAGUAGCAGUGGGACACGUCUCUCUGAGAGCAGCUGCUCAGACUCCAUGUUUGUAGUCCAAGACAGCAGCUGUAGUGACGGAGGAAGUGGAACUCCUCUGAGCGACCGAGCCUCCCUCAUGUGGCUGGACCAGGACCAGGACCAGGACCUGGACUCACAGGAGGAAGGAGGGCUGCAUUCAGAUGGAGGUUUAAAAGAUGGAGAGAAGAACGAUUCCUGCUCCAUCCUCCCUCAAGCAUCCCUCCUUCUUCAGGGGCCAGAGAAGCAGAUGAUCACAGGAAAGGCCUCAUAUGAGGAGGUCAUCCCUCCAACACCAGAUGUUGAUCUACUGCUGGAGUGCACCUUCUCCUAUAUGCAAAAUAAUGAUGAAGAUGAUGGACAAGAGGAGCAGCCAAUGGACGAGCAAGAUGAUGGGUAUCUGAGCCCUCUGAUUGGACCAGAGGCGGAGGAUGGGGAUGAGGAUGAUGAUGAGGUGGGCAAGCUGGUGCCCCCUGCUGGCCUGGCAGACCAGAUGUUUUACUCCACUGUGUCCACUCGGGACAGAGAACCCAGUUUGUCCAGUGAUGAAGAGGGAGACAUCUACUGUCACACGCUGCCUGCAGCUGGCAGCAGAGGAGACGUCCUCACAUGUUCGUCCAUUCAGACGGAAAAUAGUAGAGACAGCCAGGCGGACCAGGACGCUCAGGACAGAGACCGACACAAACCUGACCAGUUGGCAGAAAGCUGGAUGGGAUACUUAGGCCCAGGGUGUGGAAUACUGACCCUGCAGGUGACAGACAGGUAUGUGUGGUGUCUGGACUUCAAAGGAGGACUAUUCUGCAGCACUUUGCCUGAAAGUGGGCUCAACUGGCAGCGAUUCGAAGAAAACGUCCACCAGGUGGCGUUGUCCCCUUCAGGUAAUCUGCUGUGGAAGGUGGAGCAGAAGAGCAUGACAGCGUUUGCCUGUGCUAAAGUGUCAGUUAAAGGAAAACGUCACUGGUACAAAGCUGUGGAGCAAACAGCGUUUGUCGCUCUGAGUGACGACUCCGCCUGGAUCAUCAGGACCAACGGAGACCUCUACCUGCAGACAGGUCUGAGCGUGGAGCGUCCAUGUGCUCGUUCUGUGAAGGUCGACGCCCCCUGUGUGUUCAGCCAGGUGUGUGUUAGAGGGGGCGUGGUCUGGGCUCUGAGCGAACACAAGGCUUUAUUCUACAGAGAAGGACUGAACAGCUACUGCAGCGAGGGAGAGGGCUGGAAGUACGACACCGUCAGUGAGGCUCAGGGUCUGGACCUGAUGUGCGUGGCCCUGGGAGACGGGGGGACGUCCUGGGCUCUGGACGCCAGUGGCAGCCUCUGGUUCAGGACAGGAAUCUGUUCGUCCAAACCUCAGGGAGACGACGACCACUGGUGGCAGAUCAGUAUCUCGGACUACGUGGUGUUCGAUCAGGGAAGUCUGUUCCAGACGCUGCUGCAGGCCACGCAGAGUGUGGCCACGGUCACCAGGGCCCCGGUGGAGCGGGUGGUGGCCUUUCUGUCUCAGUACUCUCAGUGUCAGCCGAGCCUGGUGAGCGCUAAUGCUGGCGGAGUCUGGGUGGCUUCAGGACGGAACCAGCUGCACCUGGCCCGCGGCAGCCUUGUAGGAACAUUCUGGCAGAACGUCGUUCCCAGAGGAACCGUGUCGUCCACCAGGUGGAGCUUCAUCACGUGUUCAGUGGUUCCUCACAGAGAAGGUGCUCUGCUGUGGUUGGCUCAGAGCAGGAAGGAUCUGUUCUGUGUUUGGGAUCAGGAUGGAGAGCUCCGCCCCUCGUCUGUCCCUCUCUCACCUGAGAUGGAGCUGACUCACCUGUCUGCCUGUCCUGAUGCUCUGUGGGGUUUGGACCCUCAUGGUCGAGUUAGAAUUCGUACACUGUCUCCGUCCUGUCCCACCGGACUGAACUGGACCACACUGGACCUGAGUCAGCUUGGAAACGUUCGUCUGGUCAGUCUGAGCUGCGGCAGCCAGAACAUCUGGGCCGUCGACAGCCUGGGAGUUGUUUACUUCAGGGUUGGAACUCAACCGCUGAACCCGAGCAUGAUGCUGCCAGCCUGGAUCCACAUAGAACCACCUGUACAGCCAAUAGGAGUGCAGCUGCUCAGCGUCCAGACGAGUCCUAACGACCGUCUCCUCUGGGCCGUGGACAACAGAGGAACCGUCUUUGUGAGAACUGGACUCAGUGAUGAGAUGCCUGUCGGGACGGACUGGGAGCUGGUCCCAGGGUUAGCAGUGAGUCAGCUGGUCCUCAGCUGUCGGACAGUUUGGGUUCGGUGUGUAAACGGAGAUCUGGCUCGACGUUACGGCGUCUCCGACCGGAACCCUGCAGGGGACUACUGGAAGAAGAUUCCUGGAAACGCCAACUGGUUAACUGUGACUCCAGAGGACGAGUUGUGGGCAGUGACUCUGGUCGGUGGUUUGUCCCGUCGGCUGACAAAGCUCCUCCCACAGACUCCCUGUAAACCCGCCUCCUCAGGCCCCGCCCUCAGUGGCGACGACGUUGAAGAUGAAUGGGAGCUCAUCUGAACUCUGACAUCACUAUGAUGUCAUUACUUGUUCAUGUUGGUCUGCCUGAGCUGGAUUCACCUGGUGGAACGUACUGACAUCACCAGUAUCACUUCCUUUAACGUUCAAGUCUAGAUAAUAUGAUUGCACUUUAGAGAGCCCAGGUGGCCUCUGGGAUAAUAUAUAAACUUAUUAUUUUGUUUUAACAGGAGACCUUUAAUGUCUGAUGGGGCGAUGGUGGACAGGGAUUCACUGGGACUUAAUCUGCUUAUUCGGGUUCUACUGGUUUUAACUGGUUUCACUCAUGACAUUAAAGUGACAUUGCACUACACUUCA